AGAUAAUAUAAAAUUGAUAACAAACAGGAGGUGUUGGCAGUCAAUUUUGUGUACGUCCCGAACCGGCUGAAAUUUCAAAAUGAGCAAGGCAAAUUUGGGCCAGGUUGUGUCCCGCUUUUAUGGGGAGUACAUGAAAAGCACCUCCAAACGUCUCAAGAUCAUUGACGCAUACCUUCUGUACAUAUUCUUGACCGGAGUUGUGCAGUUUGUUUACUGCUGCUUUGUCGGCACCUUCCCAUUCAACUCAUUCCUCAGUGGAUUCAUCUCUACAGUUUCCUGUUUCAUCCUUGGUGUAUGCUUGAGGCUGCAGGUGAACCCAGAAAACAAGAGCCAGUUCCUUGGAAUCAGUCCUGAGCGCGGAUUUGCUGAUUUUAUCUUCGCACACAUCAUUCUGCAUCUGACUGUUGUGAAUUUCAUUGGUUAGAAGCAUAAUACAUAAUCUCUGUAAAAAUAUGAAGAGACACUAAAAGCUGUGUGAAUGGAUUAAAAGUUGCAUUUUGACGUUCAAAUUCAUCAUGAAAAUGAAACACAAGGAAGUUACUGAUACACCGUCAAGAGUUGUUCAUUAUCAAAUUUUUAAUUCCGGGAAAUAAAGGAUUUCUGUAUUGUUUAUC